UGAUGAACAAAUGAGAUAUUGGCCUUACUUUGGCGAGUCAGAGGUUGAAAAUGUCGAAAGUCACAAGGCUAUUAGCGAGCUCUUCUCGAAUAGGAUCAAGGAUAUGCCUAUGCUUCAUCUCCGUGCCGAACAGGCUGCAAACUUCGGAGACUGCUGCAAAAGAUUUCUAGCAGAUGUGGGCUGUUCUGUUACAGAUGUGUUACAUUUCUUGCUCGACAAGGAAAAGCCUAUUCCCGAUGAGUUGGUACCUCUUGAUUGGGAGGCUGUCUGGAACGACCGCGAAGACCAUUUGGAGGAGAAUUAUAAUCAAGAUGACGAGAAAGAAAUGAAAAGAUGGCGAGAAGUACAGAGAAAACUGCCCCCCUCCAGUCCCACAUCGAUUGCCGUGGCUGGACUGGCGUGCAAAGCUUUCCUCGACGCUACGGGAUUCAGUAUAUGGCAUAUUGCCAAGAAGGAAAAUCUGGUGACCGACAUCGAGAGUCCGCGCAAAACGGCUUUCAAUACACCAAUUACCAAGUCCCAAGCUCGUCAAGCACGAGAAUCAGACCCAUAUACAUUGGGGACUUAUGCCGACUUGGGCUGCUUAGUUUGCUUCGCGUGAGUCCAUCCACAUGUUUCCAAAACCAGUGCUCAAAAUUCUUAUAUUUUAUUGUUGGAUGCAGACAUGAAUGUCCUGGCCAUGGCGCAUUUGCCGAUGAUGAUGAUGAUGACGAUGAUGCGGAAGAAGUGGAAGAAGCUGCGCUCUCCCCAAGAAGCCGGACUCAUGCGUUAUUUCCCCGCAUCGCGAAGAUCAGCGAGCUGCUAGAAGGUGGCACUGAGGAAUUGUUUGCUUCACACCUCUCCGCAGAGACUCUACACAAUGAAUCUGGCCUCGACGACAACGGAGAGAUCUGGGGAGACCCUCCAAUUCCAGUGGAGGAAAAUGAAGAUGAUCUCCUCGCAGAUGAUGAGCUCUGCUCGCCUUUUUGCUUCUGGAAGAAGAGUAACAGAUCGUCAUCCAACCUUUCUGGUUGGUCUGAAUCAGAGCUAGCUUUGCUCGACGCCCUGUUGCCGGCGUAUGUCACCAGUAAACGCUGCGCCUGCUUGCUGGCUCAUUCGCUUUCAAAGCGCUGCAUUGAUGUAUAUUUUAGAGUGCGGUCAAAGAUAAAUGCGAAUGGACUAUCGACUGCCGCUAAACUUCUUCAAAGCGACCGUAUUCGCAGUCGACUGACAAACAAAAGGGGCUUCGAGCACUGGCUCGAAAACUCAAAAACUUGGAAACACCAUGAACGAGGGGCAUUCAAGCCAUGCAAUCAUGUGGGUUCCUGUGAAAAGAGGGGCUGCCCGUGCUAUGAAGCUGGCAUCACUUGUGAGAAAGCAUGCAUGUGCUCGGACGGAUGCACUCGCCGCUUCCGAGGCUGCUCCUGCGCUCGGGGGAACCGCCCAUGCUGGAAGAACAAGAGAUGCGACUGCUACAAAUUGAAUCGCGAAUGCGAUCCAGACCUAUGUGGCACUUGUGGCGCAGCAGAAGCAUUGGAUCCUGUCAAUCGCUACGAUGAGAGGGCUCGACUCCAUUGCUGCAGCAACAUGCACAUCCAGAAAAACGUUCCUAAGCGCACACUCCUUGGCCAUUCUGCAGUUGCUGGCUGGGGUUUGUACAUGGGCGAGCCGGCCAAGGCAGGUGAUUAUCUCGGAGAAUACAAGGGCGAAGUAAUCUCCAAGGAUGAAUCCGAGCGUCGAGGAUGGGUCUAUGAUAACAGGAAUAUUUCCUACCUCUUUGAUCUCAACAUGAAUCAAGUACUCGAUUCAACAAGAGCGGGCAACAAAUUCCGCUACGUCAAUCACCAGGACAAACCAGACGUGAACUGCGAGCCCCGAGUCCUGUUCUGCAACAUGGCUCACCGAAUCGGAAUGUACGCAACCCGAGAUAUCCAAGUCGGUGAAGAAUUGUUGUUCGACUACGGCUACUCCGGCGAGGCCGUCAAAUUCGUCAAAGUCAAGCUCCGCAAGAACAGUAACAACACAGGCGACUCCAGCCGAGACGCAUCCGGUACCAACAAGGGAAGCACAUCCCGGAUCAUACUCACCGUCAAAAAGCCCGGUAAACGCGGGGGUGCGCGCGCCGGGGCCGGGAGGAAACCACGCGCCCUAAAAGCCGCCGCAGCUGCAAAAGCAAAACUUGCAGCUUCCGCGACCGCAACAUCCGGAACCGUGGCAUCGUCAUCGUCACCAUCAUCUUUGAAGCUAGUAUCUCAAUAUUCUGCAAAACCAAAACAAAAACAUGCAAUCACACCUUCCUCGACCUCUCCGUCACUAUUAGUAUCGCCCUCCUCGUCAUCAUCAGCUGCAGUUGCAGCAACAUUAGCCGCCGCGCCCGCAGGAGCAUCAGCGGGGACACAUAGUAAUAAGAUUACUACUCUACGCGUACAUGGCCCAUCAUCACGCGACUCGUCGUCCACAAUUACGAGCAUGAAACGCAAACGCGGAUCAGCAGCUAUGCCGUCGGGAUUGCAUGGGCUCAUGAUGGACGGCAGUGCAGACGCGAUUCCCAUUAUCGAGAUUGAAGACGACGACGACGAUGAUGAAGAUGGAGAAGAUGAAGAAGAGGAUAGCGAGGAUGACGAGGAUGAAGAGGACGAAGGAGAAGAAGAAGAUGGACGAGGAAGAAGAGCAGGAGAUGAGGAAGGAGAAGAAGUCGAAGUCGAAAUGAUCGGCGAAGAAGACGAAGACUAUCACAACAGCGCAAACGAGGAGGAGUCUGAAGCGUCGUCUUCUGCCGUGUCUGCUUCUGCACCUAUUAUGAAAUCGUCGAGGUUCAGAAGAUCCCAGCGCUGGAAGAAAAGGAGAGUGGGUUGAACGGGAUGAAAAUCUUGAUACAUUCACAGCUGUGUCUUGAUACCUUUACAGUCGUGUUUCUGUUGGUAUCAAAGCGUUCGCAUUACAAUUAUAAUCAUCCUUUCACCUAACGAAAAGGUGCAGUACAGUCAUACCAUAGCCACUUCCAUUAAUAGUUUUCCAAGGUUCAAUGCAAGAAGAUACUUAUUUAC